AUGGUAAAAAUAAAAAAUACACGAGCAAACCGAACGAUCUGGGUUGUGCGUCAUGGUCAGCGAAUAGAUAACUUGAAACCGGAAUGGAAGGAAAGUGCACCACGAGGAGCAUGGGACGAUCCUACUCUGAGCAAUCGAGGCAUUGUGCAAGCGCGCGAAUGUGGCGUGCGAUUAUCCACUGAGCAAAUCGAUGCGGUUUACUGCUCACCAUUCAUACGAUGUAUUCAAACUACGGAGCAAAUAGUGAAUAAGUACCCAAAACAACUGAAGGUUUUUAUCGAGCCGGGUAUCUGCGAAGCGCUUUGUUCAACACAGUAUCCGCCUGGAUAUCUCUCGGUGCAUGAACUGAAGUAG